CUUUGUAAAUUAAACAUGAUUCGAUACCGGGGGAAGAAAAAGGUGAUUGACAAGGUGAAGGAGUUAGACGCAUUCUCGAAAGUUCCUGAUGAAUACGUGGACAGUACGCCGGUCGGCGGUACUUUCUCAGUGAUAACGUUUUUUAUUAUAAUGUGGCUCGUAUACAGCGAAGUUUCGUAUUUUUUUGACAGCAAUUUAGUUUUUAAAUUCGUACCAGACACGGAUAUGGAUGAAAAGUUACGUAUUAACAUAGAUAUAACCAUUGCAAUGCCAUGUUCUAAUAUAGGCGCUGAUAUAUUGGAUUCGACGUCUCAAAGCGUCUUUGGUUUUGGAGAACUGCAGGAAGAAGACACUUGGUGGGAAUUGACACAGGAACAACAGGAUGCUUUUGACGCAGUUAAAUAUUUGAACUCAUAUCUGCGAGAAGAGUAUCAUUCCAUUUGGCAAUUACUUUGGAAAAAAGGUCACGGUUCUGUCAGAGCAACGGUACCACAAAGAAAAACUAAGCCUAACCGUAGAGCAGAUGCAUGUAGACUACAUGGCGUUUUGAUACUAAAUAAAGUGGCUGGAAACUUCCAUAUAACAUUAGGAAAGAGCUUACCUCUUCCACAUGGCCACAUACAUUUAAACAUGCUCUUUGAUGAUGUUGCACAAAAUUUCAGUCAUAGAAUACACAGACUAAGUUUUGGGAGUCCUGCAAAUGGCAUAAUAUAUCCCCUUGAAGGUGAUGAAAAGAUAACAACAGAAGAAAACAUGUUGUACCAAUACUUCAUUGAAGUUGUUCCUACUGAUGUUGAUACAACAUUUGAGUCAAUAAAAACCUUUCAGUAUGCUGUAAAAGAGCUUGAAAGAUCUAUCAGUCAUCAUAAAGGAUCACAUGGUGUCCCAGGCCUAUUUUUCAAGUAUGACAUGGCCGCUCUUAAAAUAAAGGUGUACCAGGAAAGAGAAAAUUUACUACAGUUUAUGCUGCGUCUCUUUUCAAUUAUAGGUGGUAUUUAUGUAAUUGUUGGCUUUAUUAAUACUUUAGUGUUGACUAUUAGGACUAAACUUUUAUAUGUACCUGUUCCUGAUAGAUAUAAGAAGUCAGAGAAUGACAGGCCUGGACCAGUUGCUGUCAAUCCUUUACUAAGACCAUCAGAUCUGAAUGUACCGUUAGACUUAAUACAACAAUGACAUUAACAUAUAGAAUAUAGCUACUAAAUGCUUGGUUACUUACUACACAUUAAGGCUGCCUAGUAAAUAAAUUCCAAAUUCAAUCAAUAACUGUCACCAAUUUAUACAAUUUAUAGUAAAAAGAUCAGGGCCUUACUUAACCUAGAGAGCUUAAUGUAUUGUAUCUUUAGACUGUAACUGGCCCGAUGUUUAUUGAACACCAGCAUGUGACAUAAACUAAAUUGUUCACAAUUGUUUGCAAAUUUACCACACUGUGAGGUCAGAUUGGGUCAUGUCCUCACAUGACAAUGCUUCAAUGCUUUCAUUCCAGUUGAUAUGGUGUAAAAAGGCCUUAAAUCUGACCUAAUGAAACAAAGAUAAUAUGUACUUCAGUUAGCAAUGACAGUUCAAUGCAAUAAAGAGUGUAAAUACUUUUUUAUAUAAAACUUUUCACUCGAAUUGAGCAUUAAGUACUCACAGUGACUAUAUUUGUGUAUUAUACCUAAAUAAUGCUGAAUGAAUUUAAUAAUGUUAUAAGGCCUACAUAGUUGUAAGCUAUAUAAUUUGUCAAGUUGUUUUUUUACAUUUUUUUAUGUGAUACUUUAUUUAUUAUAUUUAUGUACUCUACUGAUUCACAUGCAUUUUGUAUGAUUUAUAAAGUGAUAUUUUAUUAAAUCCUAUGACCAUAAACUUUUAUAAUAAAUCAAAAAUAAUUUUCUCAAAUCAGAUUACUACUAGUCUCUAAGAAUAGAGAAAAAAAUAGUUUGUGCGCAAGUACUAGUCACCUCAGGGGCAAUGAUAUACUGCCUUAGGUAACUAGCAUGUGUGUGCAGUCUAUAUUUCAUAACAAUUAAAAAUGUAUAUAGAUUCCACAUUCAGCCAUUAUUGCAUGCAGUGUCCAAAAACAGUGAAAAAUAUGAGGCAAAUAAAUUACUGUCAACUGCUAAAUGGUAUGAAGG